GGAAGGUGCCGGACUGAGGGCUCUGUCGGUCUCGCUCGCAGGGCAGGGAUCGUGAACGAGAUGGAACCGCCGCGCGGGCGGGUUAGGCCGCGGUUCUUGCUGUGGGCGGUGGCGUUGUUGCUCGUGAGCGUGGGCCUGGCUGUCACCGCUGAUGAAGAAGGAACUCAGGAUGAGUCCUUUGAAUCAAAGGCAGCCUUGCCAUCAGAAGAACAGGUGAAGGACCAUCGAACUGGAGCCCAUGUGGUAGCAGGUCAAAUCUUCAUUGACUCUGAGGAACCAGAGGGUCAUACUGAAGAUGAAGAGAGUCUCAGGAACGAAGAAGAACAAGAAAAAACUUUAGGAGAUCUGAGCUCUCUAGAAUUGCCAAGCUCCUUAAAUAAGGAUGUGGACGAGGCUGAAGUUCAAAAACCAGUUUUAAGAGCCCUAGGAGGAACUGCAGAUGGUGAGCUGUGCCACUUCCCCUUCCUUUUUCUGGAGAAAGAAUAUGUGGAAUGUACUGCCGAUGGAAGGGAAGAUGGGAGACUCUGGUGUGCCACCACCUAUGACUACAAGAGCGACCAGAAGUGGGGCUUCUGUGAAACUGAAGAACAGUCAAAUAAGAGAAGACAAAUGCAAGAGGCAGAGGAUGUUUACCAAACUGGAAUGAAAAUCCUUAAUACAAGCAGUAAAAAGGCCCAGAAGAAAGAAGCUUAUCAGUAUCUCCUGAGAGCAGCUGACAUGAACCAUACCAAGGCAAUGGAAAAAGUAUCUUACGCCUUCUUGUUUGGGGACUACCUGAAGCAAAAUAUCCAGGCGGCAAAAGAGCUGUUUGAGAAACUGACUGAAGAAGGGUCUCCUAAAGGGCAAACGGCCCUUGGUUUCCUGUAUGCCUCUGGUCUUGGUGUUGAUUCCAACCAAGCAAAGGCACUGGUUUAUUACACUUUUGGAGCUCUUGGAGGAAAUUUGAUAGCUCAUAUGAUCUUAGGCUACCGCUACUGGGCUGGUAUAGGAGUCCUUCAAAGCUGUGAAUCUGCUCUCACACAUUAUCGUCUAGUAGCCAACCAUGUGGCAAGUGACAUCUCCCUGACAGGAGGUACAGUGGUACAAAGAAUUCGUCUGCCAGAUGAAGUAGAAAAUCCAGGAAUGGCAAGUGGGAUGCUGGAAGAAGAUUUGAUACAGUACUACCAGUUUUUAGCUGAAAAAGGAGAUGUACAGGCACAAGUUGGUCUUGGGCAAUUGCAUCUCCAUGGAGGAAGAGGAGUAGAGCAAAAUCAUCAGAGAGCUUUUGAGUACUUCAAUCAAGCAGCUAAUGCUGGUAACUCACAUGCCAUGGCAUUUUUGGGGAAGAUGUAUUCUGAAGGAAGUGAUGUUGUGCCCCAGAGCAACGAGACAGCACUUCAGUACUUUAAGAAAGCUGCUGAUAUGGGUAACCCAGUGGGGCAAAGUGGUCUAGGAAUGGCUUAUCUGUAUGGAAGAGGUGUUCCAGUGAAUUAUGAUCUGGCACUGAAAUAUUUCCAGAAAGCAGCAGAUCAAGGGUGGGUAGAUGGACAGCUUCAACUGGGGUCUAUGUAUUACAAUGGCAUUGGAGUCAAAAAGGAUUAUUCAAAGGCUUUGAAGUUUUUCAACUUGGCUUCUCAGGGAGGCCACAUUCUGGCCUUCUAUAACUUGGCACAGAUGCAUGCCACCGCCACUGGGGUAGAUCGUUCCUGUCGCACUGCAGUUGAGCUGUUUAAGAACGUUUGUGAACGAGGCCGCUGGUCUGAAAGGCUUAUGACUGCCUACAACAGCUACAAAGAAGGCGAUGCAAAUUCUGCUGUGGUUCAGUAUCUCCUGUUGGCGGAGCAAGGCUAUGAAGUAGCACAGAGCAAUGCUGCCUUUAUACUGGAUCAGAAAGAAGCCAGCAUCAUAGAAGAAAAUGAAACUUAUACCAGAGCGUUGCUGCACUGGAACAGAGCAGCCUCCCAAGGUUAUACUGUUGCUAGACUCAAACUUGGUGAUUACCACUUUUAUGGCUUUGGCACUGACAUUGAUUAUGAAACAGCAUUUAUUCACUACCACCUAGCAACAGAGCAUCAACAUAGUGCCCAAGCUAUGUUCAACCUUGGGUACAUGCAUGAGAAGGGACUUGGCAUCAAGCAGGACAUCCACCUUGCAAAACGCUUCUAUGACAUGGCAGCUGAUGCCAGUCCUGAUGCUCAAGUUCCUGUCUUCCUUGCACUAUGCAAAUUGGGAAUAAUUUAUGCCUUCCAGUAUAUACAAGAAACCAAUGUCAAAGAGGUGUUCUCCCACCUUGAUAUGGAUCAGCUUUUGGGACCGGAGUGGGACCUUUACCUCAUGACCAUCAUUGCUCUGCUCCUGGGCACAGUUAUAGCUUACCGGCAGAGGCAGCAUCAGGCAAUCCCCAGGCCUGCUGGACCCCGGCCAGCCGUUCCUCCCCAAGAGCCUCCUCCAGAACAUCCGCCACAGCAAUAGCAGAAGCUGAGGGUCUUGAUGAAGUGAACUGGAUUUUUCCCAGCUGGGACUGCUCUUGUGAUUUUUCUUUUU